ACAUUUGUACUUAGAUUUAAAUUAAACAUAACAGUCCAAGGUAUACCGAAAUACUGGGAUUUAUACUUCCUUAUAUGAAAAGAAUGUGGUUUUUACCCUUUAGUCAAUGAUAAAGUAGUUAUACGCAACUACAUUAUGUAAAUUAAGGCGACAGUAGUUACUUAAUUGAUCUGAGAAUGAGUGAUACUUACUCUAAAAUCCCACAGCCAUUUCAAAAUAUAGGUUGUCAAGACUUGUUGAAGGAAGCCAUUUUAAAUUGUGGUUGGGUACGAAAACAACAUUUUGCCAGUAAACUUAAAUUAUUCAGAUGGCCUAAAGUAUACAUGAUCCUUAGCAGAGGGUGUAUAUAUUACUUUCGAAAUGAAUACUGUAAAACUGCUUCAGGAAAAUUUUCCUUAUUUGGAUUCAAUACGGUUGCUAGAGCUACAGAAAUUAAAGACGGUGAGGCACUUUAUGCCUUCAAAAUAAACCACACUCACCCUGAAGAGUUUAAAUCUUACUUAUUUGCCUGCUCCUCGGAAAAAGAAAUGAAGGAAUGGAUGAAGUGUAUAAAAGAAGAAUUGAAAAUUGCCAACGAUUCAGGCAAAAGAGAUGGAGAUUAUUAUUAUACAGAUGGUUUUAUGCAUAAAACAGAACAAACUCCGGAAGCUCAAGGAUCGUCUGCCGAUAGUGGAUUUGGUCCAUCUGCUGAUGGUGAUACAACCAGUAUUUCGUCGUACAAUUACAAAGAUAUAGAAGAAAGUAUAUACGAUGAUCCAACUGCUUUUCAACCGCCGUCAGACUAUGGCCUAUAUGCUAAAAAGGCAGAUGAAGCAUCCGAUGAUGAAGAUAUACCUGACGAACCACCGCCUGUACCCCCACGAUUAGCGAAUUCGGAUCCAAGAACAAAGACUAAGAAAAAGAAGAAGAGAAAGAAAAAUAAGAACAAAAUGGACGAACUAGACCAAUUGCCAGAUAUAUCAAAAGUUACUGUUUCUCGGACUGAGAGUGCAGCAAAACAGCAGGCAGAUGCCAUAUCUGCAGAAAUGAAGAAUAUGUUCGGAAAGGAAAAACAAAAAAGCACAGAAGAACCAUCCUCGACGAGUCGACAGAAGAAACAAUCGAGUGUAGAACAACCCGAAGUUGAUGAUGUUGAUGAGGAGGAAGAGGAUGAAGAUGAUGGAGAUAAGUAUUGGCAAUCAAUUCAUUUUGAAGGAGAAAAGGAGAAGGCUAGCGAAAUUAUUCGAGAUAUUGGCGAAAAUGGUGUUUUCUUAGUACGAAAAGGAGAUGACGGCGGAAAGGUAUUAGUAGUUUUUGCAGACAACAUGCCAAAAAAAUAUAAAGUUAAUUGUAAGAAUGACGAGUACUUUAUUGCAACGGCAGGACCACAUGCAGAAACGUUGGAAGAACUAUUAUUUGAAUAUUUCACAACAGACUUACCUAACACAACAGUGAAAUUAACAACGCCAUUUCAACAACAUCCGAGCUUCCAAUGAGACAAUUCAAUUUGUAUGAGAAAAGAUACGUAAACAAUGUGUUGUAUGCAGCAAAAAGUAUAUAACAAACAGUAUUAUGGGUGGAUUGAUAAAUUGUGAUUUGCUUUAAUUUAGGUCUGAAAACAUUUAUUCAGAAAAAUUUAAUAUUCAUUUAAUAGUCAUUUCUCGAGCUUUUUAAAAAUUUCAUCACAAUCCCUUAGAUACACGUAUAAGUUGAAACAAAUUUGAUAGAAUUGUUCACUUGUUGAGGAAUUGUUAACAUUUAUUAGCACCGUUAUUAUUUUAUCUGUGAAUCACAUCCAAAACACGCCAUGAUUUUUUUUUGUGCUGUAGUGUAUUCGAUUUCAAAUAUGUUAAGUAUGUUAAUCCACCUUAAAGAGAAUCUAGAAUACUGGACUGAGAAAAUAUCUUUAAUAUUUUGAUGAAAUAUGUGAAAUAUGUAAAUGAAAUAAUCCUUUCAUUUCAAAUUGCAUUUCAUAUCUGAAGGAAAGAAUUUGUGGUUUUCAAAGAUGUCAAGAACAAUAUUUUGUAAUAUUUACUCACCUAAGAAAAUAAACAUUCAGAUAACGGUCAUCAUAGCCUUUGAGUCCUAUCUAUUUUUCAAAUUAUGGCACCCUCAACGGAGUUGGGGUGACAUAUUGUUAUUGUACGUUUUUUUUUUUCUUAUUUUUUUUCUUCCACUUUUUUUGUCCAGCUUAUAUCUUGGAAUUGGAUGAACCAAUUGUAAUGGAACUACACACAAUGUUAACCAGCAAGUGCAGAUUUGCAAUCGGGGUAUGGCAUUUUCAAGAUGGCUACCGUUGCCAUGGAAACUGCUAAAAUGCGAAAAAAAUUCAAAAUUCUAAAUCUUUUAUUAUAAGACCCAACUGGAUGAAACUUAAUAGAAAUGUUACUUGGUAUGCCUAGAUGUGCAGACAAUAUUUAGAAGUUUCAAAAUGGCCGCCAUUGUCAUGGAAACGGGGCGAAAGUUUAACAUUAACCUAAUGGGAAAAUACAUUAAAGCUGCAUUUCCUUAAAAAAUAUUGAAUCAAACCCAAUAAAACUGUAUGGAUAUGUAGCAUGGCAUGUCCCAAAGUGGCACCUGUCUUUUGAAUUUUCAAAAUGGCCGCCGUUACCAUGGAAACAGCCAAAAUGUCAAACAUUUCAAAAUGUGCCAAACUUUCUCAAACUUUACAAAAUUCUAAUGGCCAUGUGUAGAUGCACUGUUCGACUUUAGAAUUUUCAAAUGACUGCCGUUACCCUGGCAAUGGGGGGGGGACGAGGGUGCCAUCCGUUAUUGCUCGCAAUUACAAAUCUAGUUAAUCAAUAGUAUUGCUUCAUCUAAUUAUUGCUUCCUUGUGUAUAAAAUUCUCAACAUAUAACUAAGUUUGUCAUUUUGCAAAUAUCUGUGAUCAUCCUUUCCAUAUUUUAUUGAUAUUUGUACAAGCCAGUACAUGGAUGGAUAAGGCAUAUAUAAAACCCUAAUCCAUCAUUAAAAUUGCACGUUUUUACUUAUUAUGUCACAAAUUGUAGUGUGUAAUACAUAUAUGUCUUUGUUUAUCAUGCUGCUAUGUAUUUUGUAUUCCAAGGUUAUACAUGUUUGAUUAUUAUUGCAUUGUAUAUUUCAUCUAUGUCAUAUUGUUUUUGUCUUAUUUAUUUCAUAUUUAAAUGUAUUGUUGACAUUAAUAAUUUACGUGUAGUCAGCACUAGGUACGUGUUUUGUAUUACAACAUCCAGAUUCCGAUUGAGGGAAAACAAACUGUAUUUUUCUAUAGUUGUUCUUCACUAAUUUAUUUCUGUUUCAUUUAUAACUUCUGCUGAAUAGAAACAUCUAUCUUAAUGUAAAAACAAUUAGAAAUCUCCUUGGUACCUCUAACCAGGAACGCGGAAGAAUGUCAGGAGUGCUAGAAAUGAGGCAACCUGGUGAAAACAGCGAAAAGUGACUUCAAGCUAAUGUCUCAUAACUCUGUAAACUUCAUUUCCUGUAAAACUUUGUGUGACAUCAUUGUAUUGAUUACUAUAUGUAUUUUAUAUACAUGAACAUUUUUUUUUGCAACAUUUUUUUUAUUCUUUUAAUUAAAUAUCCACUGUGAUAUAAUCUUAGGGAGCUUAAAUCACUGCGCAAGCUGUUACAAAAUAUUUUAUGCUGCAUUUCAGAACAGAUAGUAUCUUAGUUGCAAAUAUAAGCGUACUUUCAUACCGGUGAUGAGAAUGUCCGUUAAGUAUUCAUAAGUUACUCUAGUGUAUCAGGAACUGCUUACCCUUUGGUAGUACCUGAAUUUAACUUGGUUUUUGAUAGGGGUCGUGUUUGUCAAUUUUUGGUUUUCUGUGUAAUGUUUUGCUAUGUUUUUUUGUCUUUCUUGGUUUUUUAGUCUUUUUGAACAUUGUGUUGUCUGUUUUAUUGGACUUUUGAUGUAUCCUUUUUUCCUUCUCAUUAGCGUUGUAAAAUUCAUCAAAUACGAAGCUCUAGGAGAAAUCGGGUUUUAUUUUUAUUUCAAAUGACUGUGGAGCUAUGAUUAGAAGAUGUAUCCACUGUAUUAUUUGGGUGAACUAUAAAUUAAAAAUUUCAGAUUUAUAACUGAUUAAUCUGUGUUUGACAAAAUCCACAUUGGAUGAAAGCAACGCCCUAUCUGGCCACUAAUUGGUUGUAUAUUGAUACCAUUUUACAAAACUAUCAUAAGUCUGAAUCUGCUUACUGGAAAAGUCAAGUUUUGUUUUUGUCCUACAUGGAAAAUGGCAUAUUAAAAAGAGAACAGCCCCUAAAUGAUCAUGUGUAUUCUUAUGAAUUUCUUUGAGAUCUAAGAAAAAGUAAAAUAUCAGUCUUAUAAAACUUCAGCCGUUUUAAUUUCGUUAAUAUUAACAUGAUAAUGUCUGUCAUUACCAGUAGGGUCCUUGUCAUCAAAAUUUUAACAAACAUAUUAAAUAUCUUUCAAUAAAGUACCGCAAUAUUAAAUCAUUAGAAUAAUCAAAAUAACUAUAGGAAUUAUUAAUCACACUACUUGAAACAAUACUGGACAUUCAUUGGUGAAACAUUUAGGGGUUUUUUGGUCCACUAAUUCUGAAGAUUAAAACUCAUUCUAUAAUUAAUCAAGAUGUGACCAAAAAAUCUUUAUUUUUUGCUCACUUCUUUUUUAUGCUACCAGUGAGGACUUUAUACCUUUAUGUUUAUACAAUGUAUUGAUUGUGAUGCAAAUUAACCCGUACAAUAACAUUUGGUGAAUAUAUAUAUUGGUAAUCUAUAUCUUCAUAGUGAGACUAUUUCAUAUAAAUAAAUAUAUACUUUGUACAUAAAUAUUAUGGUUUUUUUUAAUAAACAUGUCAAUAAAGUCA